UUCCUGUCCUGAUAGUUCAAACAUUCAGUUUCCCAAGAAGCACAUGAGGAAGCGCUGGGCUCGUUCACAGAUGACUAACGAUCGACUAUAUUGGCCUCCUCGGUCACAAAUUGCUUCGCUUUGAGCUUGCAAGAACAUUCACACCAUGAUUUUAUGCGGUUUCUGCGAAUACGUACAUUACCCAGCCUGUCAGUACAUUUAAUGUUUCUCUCUGUUGUUGUCGCUGGUCACACGAGACUGUAUCUUUUUCCAUGUCAUUUGCCCUGUGAAGGACACUAUGGUUACUGCCUGCCUAAUAGUGUAUCCCGACUAUUUGUGUCAUCUUAUCAUGACGGACCUUUUUUAGUGCUUGCUUAUCCCAAACCUGUGACUGCACCGAAAUGUGAACUGGAGUCAGUCGCGAUAGGACUUCGAGACAGAAAAUACUCAGUCUUCCGUAGUUGACGAUAAAGUGGUACGACUCGGAGGCGCUGUUUGCCUGCCUAAUGCAGCCCGUACUGCCCUGUAACCCUUAUUCUCGUCUUAUUUUGCUUAUAUUCCAUUUGGUUAACGC